ACAACCUGUAGUGGAAGCUAGCUGGCAAGCUAACGAUUCGUAGCUAUAAACCGAAGUGUUAAGUUCUCCGUUGUCCAUAAAAUGGACAAAGAAUUAAACGAAGAAAUAUUGCAAGACUUGUUUGCUUGGCUAGACAAAAUACCCCUGUCCAGACCUAAGAGAAAUAUAGCAAGAGAUUUCAGUGAUGGAGUGAUGGCUGCUGAGGUCGUGAAGUAUUUCUUUCCCAAACUGGUGGAGCUUCAUAACUUCAGCCCAGCCAACUCCACAGUGCAAAAACUCAACAAUUGGGGCACUCUCAAUAGGAAAGUGUUUACCAAGCUGAACCUCCACGUCCCAGAGGAGACAGUGAAGAGGAUAGUGACGAGCACAGCGGGGGCAGUAGAACCUGUCCUCUGUUCUCUCAGAGAAAGGAUUGAUGAGAAGAGAAGGCAACGCAAUGAAGACGCAUUACUGGAUCUGGGCUACUACAACACCAAGAACCAAGAGAAUCCUCCCACAGAGCCUCGUCCCAGCAAUGGCAAAAUGAAACCCGGAUUGGGAGUGAAGAAAGAGGAGCCGUCACACAAACAAAGACAAUCAGAGAAGACUAGCACUGUUUUAGGCCAUCAGGUGGACCCAACCAUUUGUCUGAUACUGGAGGAGAAGGAGCAAGCUCUACUGGCCCUGCAGGGGACUGUUGAGAUCUUGCAGAUCAAAGUGAACAGAUUGGAGCACCUGGUUCAGCUCAAGGACAUGAGGAUAGAAGAUCUAACACGUCACCUGGAGACAUACAAGACUAGGGCCAAUGUGCCUUGACACACACACACACACACACACACAUGCGUUUAAGGUUUUGAAAUCUUUGUGGGUCCCUACAAGUAUAGUAAAAGGACAUACACACACAUGAACAAGUAAGGUCUGAUAUGUAUUCUACAGUUGAAGCUGAAGAACCUGUUUCUCAUAAUAGGUUCAUGCCAUGUUAUAACUAAGAACAUUCCUCCAAAAAGAGUGGUAGUGGAGUGGUAACUAGACUAAGGUUUUCCUAUAAGUUUUGUUGUGUGUGUGUGUGUGUGUGUGUGUGCCUAUUGGUGUGCCUUUAUAUAAAACCCAUGCAACCUCUGACCUCUGAAGCUGUCUUAAUAAAACACUGACACUACGUUGGUCCUCUGUUUUUCACUGCUGUCUGUUGGGUGAGUUGUCUAGGAAAAGGCAAAAUAAAAAAAAGGAUAGAUAUGAUGUCAGUCGUAUGACACACAUCCAAAUGUCUCAUAAAAUGAUCACACUCUGGAUCAGAUUGGAUUCAAUUGAUGAUGAACUAAGUUCUAUGAUGGAAACUCUUCAAUCUGAAACAAUACCUGCAGGACACCAAUUCUGCUCCUUAUAUCUCAUUCAAACAAUCAAGGGCUAAGCCCCUAACAUUGGUCCCUCGGACUGGUUCUACGUUCAGGACCCCACCUCCACUAGGAAAAUCAUGUCAUACGGGUCCUCACCUCUCCAAGUUAGCAGCCAUAUCGGCACAGCCACCUUUUACCUCAGUAAUGGUUCCCGGUGGUGUGCUAGCUCUCUUAUGAAGCUUCCAGAACCCAGUGCUGUUAUGGCUAGGUAUCCCUGAUGUAUUGUGAUCCAUCAUUGAUUGUUCUGUAAUGCCACUUGAGUUUGAGAUAAACAACAGCAUGAUUGACUAGAAAUUGUUGUCACUGACUUCUCAUUCUAAACACAAUAGCACUGUUGAGCAGGAACUAGCAAGUAGCAAUUUUGUGGUUCACUUUUGUAUCCU